GACCAUUUAUAGGACAGGAAUGACCGGAAACACGUAAGACACCAAAACAACAACACACGGGCCUAUGUCUAACUAGCUACACGAAAUCGAAGUGAAAUUGCAUAGAUCAUCUAACAAUAGCAACAUUUUAUGUUACUUUACUCAACUUUUUAAAGAAACUAAACACUGGUAAGGCAUAGUCCUAGGUUCUACAUACAUAAAGACAGCGUAAGGAGUCAGUAUGUUCAGUUUUUUCGGACAUCGUAAUAAAGACUCUUCCAAGAAGUCAUCGUCAGAGGGGGAUACAGAUGGGUUCGUGAUAAUCGGAGAAACUGUUGAGGAACAGAGGCAGAAGAUCCAAAACAUCAGCAAACCAUCAUGUAACGUCAUUCUGCAACCAUCAAAGUCUUCCAGUGCAACACCUUCCCAGGCCCACCACUCUCCAGCCUCCGCUCCACCUUCCGUGAUCGCCCCAUCACCAGGGCCCAUGUGGAAGCCCCCUGCGCCCAUCGGGGAGGCCCCACCGUCUCUCCCAGAGCUACUAGGAGAUGUCCCGUUCACCCUGGCCCCCCAUGUCCUGGCCAUGCAGACAGGGGGUCCCGGGUUCCUCUUUUCUGAGAUGCUGAUGUCCCCCCGAGACAUCAACCACAACCUGGCCUCCUUCACUUAUGACUUCACCCUGGAGAACUCUGUGCUCUGUGACCAUUGACCUGUCUACUUUCUGACUGUAUGACCUCUGACCUGUUUGAUCUGUCAACCUCCUCCAAUACCAACCCUUUGUCAACCCUGGGUCGUGUUCAUUGGGCAGCAAACAGAAGAAAACGUACUGAAACCGGGUGGGACAACCUGGGCUUGCCUAAUAAGAAAGGCACAUUUUUGUUUUUAGAGUUUAGCUACAUGUGCUCUAUUGAACACAACCUUGGACUGUCUUGUCUCGUUACCAUUCAGGUUUAGUUUCAGUUCCAUGGGGCUCUGUCUGAGAAUGGCAAUACUAUAAUUAAUAAUAAACUUGGUUCUGGUGAUGAUCAGCAUUAGGUGGGGUCAAAACUGCACCUGCCUGCAGUGAUGUAGGUACACACAGUAUGUAGGUAGAUGGGUACACAGAGUUCCACCUUUUUAAGAUUGCAGAUUAGGAAUACUAGUUAAGCAUGUUAAUCACUUGCUGAUGCAUGUCAUAGUAGUGCUGGUUCACUGUUUUAAGUGUGUGUGUGUCAGAAGAGCGUUAGCUUCAUGUCUGAUGAUAGGAAUGCUUGAACAUAGCUGAGGCUUGCGUUGAAGAACAGAGUCAGGGUCUAGAUUCACCUGCUGUUGUUGUUGGUUUAGGAAUCACUGAUUGACCUUUUGGGUUUGCACUAAUGUACGUACCAGACAGAUUUCAAAUGGAAUCUUAGGAAGGAAAUGACUUCUUUAUCUGGUUACGGUUUUUACCCUGGUGUCCUCACCUUUGCCAAUGAGGUUAAGAAUACUUUAACAAGACAUUUCCAAAAAAGUUUGUAGCAUAAGCAUUUCUACAAUGGAACUUUGUAGCUUUUUGAUAAUGUAUUUAAAAUGUAAGAAUAUAUAUACCCCCUAAUUUACAACAGUUAUUUUCAGGAGAGUGGCCUUCUCUUUUGGUCAUCUUCAGCAUGGUGUCAUCAUGUGUUGUAACCUCCCAAACAUUGUAUUUGUUAUUUAUAUGGAACCAGGUUUCCUCUAGUUCUCAUGGCACAGUUCAGAUUUGACAGUGUUUCAAGGUAUCCUGUAAUAUACAGUGCCUUCGGAAAGCAUUCAGCCGUCCUUGAUAUUUCCCCCACAUUUUGUUACGUUACAGCCUGAUUCUAAAAUGGAUUAAAUAAAACAUUUUUUUCUCAGCAAUCUACACACAAUAACCCAUAAUGACAAAUUGAAACAGUUUUUUUUGUUGAUUAUUUUUGCAAAUGUAUUACAAAAAAUAUACGUAUUUACAUAAUUCAGGCCCUUUCUAUGAGACUUGAUAUUGAGCUCCGGUGCAUCCUGUUUCCAUUAAUCAUCCUUAGAUGUUUCUACAACUUGAUUGAAGUCCACCUGUGGUAAAUUUAGUUGAUUUAGACAUGAUUUGGAAAUGCACACACCUGUCCAUAUAAGGUCCCACAGUUCAUGUCAGAGCAAAAACCCAGCCAUGAGGUCAAAGGAAUUGUCCAUAGAGCUCCGAGGCAGGAUUGUGUCAAGGCACAGAUCUGGGGAAGGGUACCAAAUAAUUUCUGCAGCAUUGAAGGUCCCCAAGAACACAGUGGCCUCCAUCAUUCUUAAAUGGUAGAAGUUUGAUACCACCAAGACUCUUCCUAGAGCUGGCUGCCCGGCCAAACUGCGCAAUUGAGGGAAAAGGGCCUUGGUUGGGGACGUGACCAAGAACCCGGUGGUCACUCUGACAGAGCUCCAGAGUUCCUCUGUGAAGAUGGGUGAACCUUCCAGAAGGACAACCAUCUCUGCAGCACUCCAGCACUCAGGCCUUUAUGGUAGUGGCCAGACGGAAGCCACUCCUCAUUAAAAGGCACAUGACAGUCCGCCUGGAGUUUGCCAAAAGAUACCUAAAGACUCUCAGACCAUGAGAAACAAGGUUCUCUGGUCUGAUGAAACUAAGAUUGAACUCUUUGGCCUGAAUGCCGAGCGUCACAUCUGGAGGAAACCAGGCACCAUCCCUACGGUGAAGCAUGGUGGUGGCAUCAUCAUGCUGUGGGGAUGUUUUUCUGUGGCAGGGACUGGGAGACUAGUCAGGAUCUGGGGGGCAAAGACGAACGAAGCAAAGUACAGAGAGAUCCAUGAUGAAAACCUGCUCCAGAGCACUCAGGACCUCAGACUGGGACGAAGGUUCACCUUUCAACAGGACAACGACCCUAAUCACACAGCCAAGACAACGCAGGAGUGGCUUUGGGACCAGUCUCUAAAUGUCCUUGAGUGUACCAGCCAGAUCCCGGACUUGAACCCGAUCGAACAUCUCUGGAGAGACCUGAAAAUAGCUGUGCAGCGACGCUCCCCAUCCAACCUGACAGAGCUUGAGAGGAUCUGCAGAGCGGCAUGAGAGAAACUCCCCAAAUACAGGUGUGCCAAGCUUGUAGUGUCAUAUCCAAGAAGACUUGAGGCUGUAAUCGCUGCCAAAGGUUCUUCAACAAAGUGCUGAGUAAAGAGUCUGAAUACUUAUGUUAAUUUAUUAUUUCAGUUUUGUUUAUUUUUUAAAAUAAUUUAGCAAAAAUGUAUAAAAACCUGUUUUUGCUUUGUGAGUUGUGUGGUAGAUAAGUGUAGAUAAGUAGUGUAGACUAGUAGGUGUAGAUAAGGAUUUAAAAAAUAUAUAUUUUAGAAUAAGGUCACAAAAAAAGGUGGAAAAAGUCAAGGGGUCUGAAUACUUUCUGAAUUCACUGUAUCUAUAUACUGCAUUGCACACUGGUAAGCAAAUGAUCUUGUGAACAAUUACACAUUCAGUUAACUCUCAAUCAAAACUUUUGGACUGCUGUACAAAUGGCCAAGAGAAGCCACAUUAUGUUGCAUAAUAAACUGUUUAUUUUAUGAAGUUAACUAAUUAUGAGUAGUUAACUCACAAGACAACCACUCAAGAAUCUGAAAAGAUGGCUCAUAAGUUGCACUGGUAUUUUCAGUGCCAUGUUGUGGUAUUCCACAUCAUGUGAAAUCCUCCACAGAUGCUGCGUUUGUACAGGCAGCUCAAUUAUUUUUUUUAAAUUUGAUUUUACUAAUCAGAUCAGCUCUUGACAAUAAUUGGGCAAAAAAAAUCUGAAUUUGGCUGCCUGUGUAAAGUUACUUUAUACUGUAUGCAUUAGGAAAUGUUUGGUAUUGACUCUCUCUGGACAAUCCUUUGCUAUGCAUAGCUGCAAACCAAGUGUAUUCUGUCUGUCUGUGUUAAACGGCACUGUGGAUUUUCCCAGGCCUCUUCCUCUCUUUGUCAUUCAAUCACUGACCUAACCUUGCAUGUUGAUUUUGUUUCACAGGCAUGGAAAUACACUGCUCAAAAAAAUAAAGGGAACACUAAAAUAACACAUCCUAGAUCUGAAUGAAUGAAAUAUUCUUAUUAAAUACUUUUUACAUAGUUGAAUAUGCUGACAACAAAAUCACAAGAAUUAUCAAUGGAAAUCAAAUUUAUCAACCCAUGGAGGUCUGGAUUUGGAGUCACACUCAAAAUUAAAGUGGAAAACCACACUACAGGCUGAUCUAACUUUGAUGUAAUGUCCUUAAAACAAGUCAAAAUGAGGCUCAGUAGUGUGUGUGGCCUCCACGUGCCUGUAUUACCUCCCUACAACGCCUGGGCAUGCGGAUGGUCUCCUGAGGGAUCUCCUCCCAGACCUGGACUAAAGCAUCCGCCAACUCCUGGACAGUAUGUGGUGCAACGUGGCGUUGGUGGAUGGAGCGAGACAAGAUGUCCCAGAUGUGCUCAAUUGGAUUCAGGUCUGGGGAACAGGCAGGCCAGUCCAUAGCAUCAAUGCCUUCCUCUUGCAGGAACUGCUGACACACUCCAGCCACAUGAGGUCUAGCAUUGUCUUGCAUUAGGAGGAACCCAGGGCCAACCGCACCAGCAUAUGGUCUCACAAGGGGUCAGGAUCUCAUCUCGGUACCUAAUGGCAGUCAGGCUACCUCUGGCGAGCACAUGGAAGGCUGUGUGGCCCCCCAAAGAAAUGCCACACCAUGACUGACACUCCGCCAAACCGGUCAUGCUGAUGUUGCAGGCAGCAGAACGUUCUCCACGGCGUCUCCAGACUGUCACGCCUGUCACAUGUGCUCAGUGUGAACCUGCUUUCAUCUGUGAAGAGCACAGGGCGCCAGUGGCGAAUUUGCCAAUCUUGGUGUUCUCUGGCAAAUGCCAAACGUCCUGCACGGUGUUGGGCUGUAAGCAAAACCCCACUUGUGGACGUCGGGCCCUCAUGGAGUCUGUUUCUGACCGUUUGAGCAGACACAUGCACAUUUGUGGCCUGUUGGAGGUCAUUUUGCAGGGCUCUGGCAGUGCUCCUCCUGGUCCUCCUUGCACAAAGGCGGAGGUAGCGGUCCUGCUGCUGGGUUGUUGCUCUCCUACGGCCUCCUCCACGUCUCCUGAUGUACUGGCCUGUCUCCUGGUAGCGCCUCCAUGCUCUGGACACUACGCUGACAGACACAGCAAACCUUCUUGCCACAUCUCGCAUUGAUGUUCCAUCCUGGAUGAGCUGCACUACCUGAGCCACUUGUGUAGGUUGUAGACUCCGUCUCAUGCUACCACUAGAGUGAAAGCACAGCCAGCAUUCAAAAGUGACCAAAACAUCAGCCAGGAAGCAUAGGAACUGAGAAGUGGUCUGUAGUCCCCACCUGCAGAACCACUCCUUUAUUGGGGGUGUCUUGCUAAAUGCCUAUAAUUUCCACCUGUUGUCUAUUCCAUUUGCACAACAGCAUGUGAAAUGUAUUGUCAAUCAGUGUUGCUUCCUAAGUGGACAGUUUGAUUUCACAGAAGUGUGAUUGACUUGGAGUUACAAUGUGUUGUUUAAGUGUUCCCUUUAUUUUUUUGAGCAGUGUAUAUACCUGUUAUCUUUUGUAUUUUGGGGAGAUUUAAGUUUGAGUAACUUUAGUUUGUUUGGUUUACUUGGAUGUAUUUUGGGGGUUUACUUACAAAGUGGUUCAUUUAUGUGGUUGUGCAUGUUUGCUAUUAACAAUACAUUGUUUUAAAAAUUA